AUGUGCUCUUUACAUUUUAGCAAGUUAUAUAAUUGUAGUGCAUUGCAUGAUUUUUAUGCAAAAAUUACAGGUGAAGAACCGUCACCCUUAGUGCUCGGUGAUAAUUUUUUGAAUCGAGAAUGGGAAGUGGUGGCAGUAAAGGAAAUGUGCCGGCGUUUGUCACUGGAUCAGGUAGACAAGGUAAUUUUGCCUCUUCCAGAUGGUGCAACUUCUUCACAAGUACUAGAUGAAAAUAUGAUUAGACAGAUGGUAGAUAUUCUUCCUGCUCGAGCUGCGGGUUAUCCAUGGAUAAACAUUUAUAAUUCGGAGAAGCAUGGCUUUUCAUUACAUACAUUUUAUAGGAAAAUGAUAGAUUGGGACGAAGAUAUGUCACCUGUGUUGUUAAUCAUUCGUGACUGCGAGGAGCAUGUUUUUGGCGCAAUUGUUAGUACUACAGUACGGCCGUGUGAUCAUUUUUUUGGAACUGGUGAUUCCUGCCUAUUAUACAAAUAUGUAGAGCUUCGCACUUAUCCAUGGAGUGGUCAGAAUCAAUUCUUUGUAAAAGCGAGCGCGGAUUCAUUGUCGGUUGGCGCUGGUGGUGGUCAUUAUGGACUUUGGCUGGAUGCAGAUUUGAAUCAUGGCCGCACUCAGUCAUGUGAAACAUUUGAAAAUGAGCCCUUAGCCGGCGAAAAUGAAGAUUUUGAUAUACAGUUUGUGGAAGCAUAUGGUUUUCGCAUGGAGUAA